AUGCACCAACAAAAUGAAGUUGGCAACAAAAUCGAGAAAAGCAAGUUUGAGUCGUCAAUUAGUGAGCUUAAAAAGAAGACUUUCGUUUCUGCGGCCGACAUCGAAUGCUAUAACGUAUGUGGGACAACGCCUGAGUACGAAAAGGCCCAGCAGAGGUCGUUGAACGACCCUGAAGGGUUCUGGGGCGAAGUCGGAUCGGAACUCGAGUGGACAAAGCCAUGGGAUCGAGUUCUAGAUGACAGUAACGCGCCGUUCACGAAAUGGUGGGUCGGCGGAGAGAUGUCGGUAUGUUACAACGCGGUGGACCGACACGUGGUCAAUGGAAGAGGCGAGCAGUUCGCUUUGGUUCACGACUCGCCACUCACUGACACGGUCAGGAAAAUCUCUUACAAUGAGCUAAAAGAUCAGGUCUCGCGUCUGGCUGGAAAGCUGACAACGUUGGGAGUGAGUAAGGGGGCCCGGGUGCUGAUCUACAUGCCGCUAGUACCAGAAGCUAUUAUAGCUAUGCUCGCUACCAAUCGUAUCGGCGCCAUUCACUCUGUUGUAUUUGGAGGUUUCGCUGCGAGGGAAUUAAGAACGAGGAUCGAACACGCUGAGCCAACGGUCAUCAUAGCCGCCAGUUGCGGGGUAGAGCCUAAUAAGAUCGUCAGGUACAAGGAUAUUCUGGACGAAGCACUGUGUCAGAGUUCCCAUCAGCCUCGCUCCUGCAUCAUAUACCAACGGCGCAGAGUACUCGAGUGUCCCCUUGAAAUUGGAAGGGACAUAUCCUGGGACGAGGCCUUGGAAGCCGACCCGGUACCGUGCGAGUCGGUAGAAGCCAAUGAACCCUUGUACAUACUAUACACAUCUGGUACAACUGACGCCCCAAAAGGUGUCCAACGUCCCUGCGGCCACGCAGCCACGCUCUGCUGGUCCAUGAAAAAGGUGUAUGGUCUCCAACGAGGAGUGUGGUGGGCGGCGUCAGACCUGGGCUGGGUGGUCGGUCAUUCGUACAUCUGUUACGGUCCGCUCUUAGCUGGAAUGACUUCCGUUCUGUAUGAAGGAAAACCAGAUCGUACACCAGAUCCUGGACAAUAUUUCAGGAUAAUAGAGCAACACCGUGUAAACGCUCUAUUCACGAUUCCGACGGCAUUCAGGGUGCUGAAGCGAGCCGAUCCUAACGCUAAAUACGCGAGGAGAUACUGCCAGAAAUCACUAAAGACGGUCUUCAUUGCUGGAGAGCAUUGCGAUCAGGACACAAGGCAAUGGGCUGAACGUGUCUUCGGGGUGCCAGUACUCAAUCAUUGGUGGCAAACUGAAUCGGGGUCCCCGAUCACCGCACCCUGCCUUGGUUACGGCGUCAAAUCUGUGCCGCCCUACUCCGCUGGCUAUCCAGUCGCUGGAUAUGACAUUCGUACACUUCGAGAGGACGGAAUGGAAUGCAAGCCCGGUGAAGUGGGUAGGCUGGUUGCGAAGCUGCCUCUCCCACCAGGAUUCGCUUCAACACUGUGGCGAUCUGAUGAACGAUUCAAGAAAAUCUAUUUCGAGGCUUAUCCGGGCUACUACGACACCCAAGAUGCGGGCUGGAUUAGCUUAGACGGGGCUGUGUGGGUCGUAGCCAGGGCUGAUGACGUCAUCAACGUAGCUGGACACCGGCUGUCUACGGCGGCUCUUGAAGAUGUCGUGCUACGACACACGAGGGUAGCGGACGCUGUCGUGGUUGGAGCACCGGACCCAACUAAAGGCGACGUGCCUCUCUGCCUCUACGUCAUGAGACCUCCGCAAGACGACGAAGAAAUAGUAGCCGAAAGCACAGUAACACAAGAACUGAUUGCUCUGGUCCGUCAUCUCAUUGGGCCGAUCGCAGCUUUCCGCAAAGCUGUGGCAGUUCCCGCCCUACCGAGGACCAGAUCAGGGAAGGCGCUAAGAGGUGCCAUUGCCAAAUUGGCCAGGUCUCAGUCAGUGAAAAUACCUUCCACUAUAGAAGAUCCAUCGGUCUUCGGUGACAUCAAACUGGCUUUGCAGAAAUUUGGUUACGCCACAGACGCGCCGGACCCUGAGUUUUGAAAUAUAUCGUAAAAUAAAACGAAUUGAGGGUAUUUCGGAAUAAGAAAGUGUCAAAACGAUAGAUUUUUGAUGGCUUGGACUGCAACACAUGCGUGAGCAUUCACAGAUCCACUAAUUCUCGUUCCGUGUCCGCAAAUAAUACAGGUUAAAAUAAGAGAAAUAUAGAUAUUAAACGAUAUGUUACCUAAGCUAUAGGGCUUAUUUCAGUUUGACGCGAUUAAUGAAUGCUUACUUCAGACUUCGGAUCUGGUUCAUCCACAUUAUCUCACUUUUGGUUUCUUCAGACAGUCUAACAACAAAAGUGACCUACCUACAUAUGUUAUUUGAUAGUUUAUUGAUUAUUUUUAAUUCAAUGUAAUUCAUUAUAAUUCAUGGAAUAUUGAUGAUCCGUAUUAAGAAUAGAACCCACUUUUUAUAAUAACAGCAAUAGAAUUGGGUCAUAAAGUCCAAAUAAAGAUUUUUUAUUUGUCAGGUGA